GUUCUUAAACUUUUCGCUAGAGGUGUGCACAGAUUCUCUCCAGGGUUAGCGCUUCGGUAAUCGUUUAGCAAUGGAACGUCCGUUAUUGGCAAGUCCGAAGAGCGGGGCUGGGAUUCCAGCCGUUUGUGGAUUAUUUGGCUUUCGUUUCCAGCAGGUGGGCUUUGGAAGGAGAUCUCGUAUGCAGCAGGGGUGUCAAAUUCCGGAUUCGGAAUCGAUGGCUUCUGGAGCGUAGGGCUUGAGGGUCUCCAGAGAAGAGCGGCUCUUUGGAAUCGGCAGCUUCGGGUUCGAUGAUCUUCAUCGGCGUCCAGUGCAGGUGAGGCUCAUCGGUUGGAGGAUAAGUCUUCCGAAUUGCAUGGAAAAUUUUGUUAGUCAGUACAAGAAGAUGACGAUUGGGAUAGAGAAAGAAGAAUUGGAUCUCGAUGAAGUUGAUAUUAAGGAAUCUCCGGUAAUGGAGACCAAUCGAGGGUUUCCUGUUGAAGCUCUCUUUUACCAUACUACAGCAGCUCGCCCUCCUCCGGAACCACCUCCGUGCAAGGAAGUAAUUUGGGGAAGGCUUUUGCUUUCAUACUAUUUUUGCUUUCGCGGUGCUUAUUUUUAUUUCAAUUCGAGCAGGUAUGGUCAGAUUAUUUUGAUUUGUGAUGAACUUUUGAUAGGCGGUGCUUCAUUUUCGAUCGUUUUAGGCUUCCUUUUGCCCGUUUUGUGUCUAGCGAGUCAUGUUGCUUUGUAUGGGUGGCUGGCUGACUCUAAGUCUAUUCUUGUGGCUUACAAUCGGAUCUGUAACAUCUGUCUGGAUUUUGUAUGGCUGUUUUGGUCUAUACUCUUUAGUAAUGGGAAACCGUUUUGAUGAGUAAAAAAA